CAUCCCAUAUUUCUCUCAGCCAUGUUUAUGUCAGCUUCGUGUUGUUAAGCUGUGUUGUCUAUUAAUCAAACCCAACAUAUUUGGGCGUUCUUUUUUACGAUUUAAGCUGAUUUGCGCCCCUUUACUGUCCAAAUUACAGAAACGAAGAUGACAUCUAAAGUGAAAGUGGGGAAGGCCGGCUCAAAGAAUAAGGAGGACGCUCCUUAUGAGUUGGAGAGUCAGUUUGUCCUGAGGCUUCCUUCGGAGUACGCCUCGACAGUAAGAAGGAUUGCCCAGUCAAGCAGCCAGAACAUCAAAGACAGACUCACCAUCGAGUUGCAUCCUGAUGGUCGUCACGGCAUAGUGCGAGUAGACCGCGUCCCUCUGGCCUGCAAACUGGUGGAUCUGCCCUGUAUGAUUGAGUCUCUGAAAACCGUGGACAAGAAAACAUUUUACAAGACUGCAGAUGUCUGCCAGAUGCUGGUAUGUACACUAGAUGGAGACCUUUACCCUCCUUUAGAGGAGCCAACUGGAACUGACCCCAAGAGCAAGAAGAAGGACAAAGAUAAGGACAAGAAAUUUGUUUGGAACCACGGCAUUACUUGCCCCCUGAAGAACACACGCAAGAGAAGAUUUAGGAAAACUGCAAAAAAGAAGUACAUUGAAUCUCCUGAUGUGGAAAAGGAGGUGAAGAGAUUGCUGAGCACAGACGCUGAUGCUGUCAAUGUUCGGUGGGAAAUCAUCGCAGAAGAUGAGUCCAAGGAAGGCGAUCAGCACGGCUCGCUCGCCAAUCUGGACUCCUCGCCCGGCACCUCGGGACACAAGAUGGGUCAUGGAUCCUCUGCCCAGCGCGACGAACUGAGGGAGAUCUUCAACGACAUCAGCAGCUCCAGUGAGGAUGAGGAGGACGAAGGGGACCGGCACGAGGACGAGGACUUGAACAUCAUGGACACGGAGGAUGAUCUGGUCCGACAGCUCCAGGAGAAACUCAACGAGGCGGAUUCUGCACAGCAUGAAAGUGAUAGGAACAACCAGAUAGUUAUGGAGUAUCAGGUGCAGAUCAACAGCGUCAAGGGGAAGCUGCAGGACACCCGCGCCCGAAAGAAACAGCAGGAGGAGCUCAUCAUGAAAGUGGAGAACCAGGCCCUCAAAAACCGCUUCCAAGCUUUGCUGGAUGAGAUUAUUCUGCAGGAGGAGCGGGAGAUGGAGCAGCUGGCCUCCCUGCAGGAGCAGCUGGACUCUCUGAUAGAGAAGUGACCACCAGGGGGCAGCCUCCUGUCGUCUUCAGCCUCGCACACACACACACACACACACACACACACACACACACACACACACACACACACACACACACACA